AUGUUUAAUGCUUGUCAAUUAAAUAGUAAUUGUUGUAAUGAAGAGUCAGAAGAAGCGAGGGAAUCUAUGAAUCGAAAGUAUGAUGGUAAAUAUGAGGAACACAUAAUAAAUGAAAAUUCAGAUUUAAAAAAAAUUAUUGAAGGGAAACCAGAUCUUGACAAAGCUGUUGAAAUAGGUCAACACACUGAAAGAGAAUACGUUGCUAUAACGGCUUAUCAACCAGUUGAUAUUGUUACAAGAACAGUAGAAGUUCCUUUUGUUAGGACCAUAGAAACGACUGUUCCAAAGAUUGUGUAUGAAGAAAAGAUAAAGGAAGUACCAAGAUAUAUUUCAAAAUAUAUAGAAAAGGUUGUUGAAGUUCCUGAAGUAAAGUUUGUAGACAAAAUUAUUGACGUACCUGAUAUACAGUAUUGUCUUAAAUACGUACCAAAAGUAGAGAUACAAGAAAAUAUUAUAAAACGACCAGUAUUUCAUAAAAAGUUUGUUGAGAAAAUAGUGGAAGUACCUAAAGUCAAAGAAAUGAAAAGAUUUCAUGAAGUGGAAACUGUUGAAUAUGUUAUAAAGUAUAUUCCUAAGGAUUAUUCCAAAAGUACGAAGAAAGAAAAUGAAACUACAACAGGUUUAAAUGAAACAAACAAUGAUGAGGAAGACAGAAAUGUAGAACAUCCUAAUUUAAAUAUUAGAGAUGGUACAAGAUUAAUUAGAAAUGGUCCUGUUUUAGUACAACAAGAGAAUGUAAUUAUAGAGCAUCCUACUACAGAAAUGCAUACAUCUAUUACUUCUUCUGGUACACGAGAAAACGUUUCUUGUUUUUGUAAUAAAAAUGUUCAAUGUAAUAGACAAUCGAAUUGUUAUAACCUUAGUAGUACUUGUAUGUGUAAUGAAAGAACCAUGAAUGAAUUGAAAGAGAACAAUAAUUCUAUGUUACAUAAUCCAAGAAUUGAACAAGUAUUCAAGCCUAAAAUAGUAAAGAAUAUAGAAGUACAAAAACAUGUUCCUAUAUCUGUUGAUGUUCCUGUACCUUAUAUGGUACCUAAACCAGUUGUAGUUAAUGUUGAUGUACCUGUAUUAAAAUUUAGGGAUACAUUUGUUCCUGUACCGGUCAGAAGAAAAAUUAUUCCAAAAAUAAAAUGGAUAUCAGAUGUAUAUCAAGUAGAUUGUAUAAAAGAAAAGCCUUACUUAAAGAUACAAGAUGUUAUAAAACCAAUUCCAUGUGAUGUUGAUAUUAAAUAUAGGAAAUAUAUGGAAAAGGCUUGUGCAGUUAAUCCAAAUGAGUUAGCACAAGAUGAUGUUCAUGCUAUGUGGAUGAGAGUGAAUGCUCAUUUAGCUGAGAAAAAAAAGAAGGAAUAUGGUGAUUUCUAUCCAUAUUAUAAAAAUGAGGGAGAAAGUGACAACAAAAUGGAGGGUCACGAAAGUACAAACGACGAAAUUUGUAAAGAGGAAGAAAUUAUAUACUUAGAAGAAGACGAAGAAAGUAAAUUUAUUAAAAAAGAUGGAAAUAUAAAUAAUUUAGAAAUAAAUGAAAAUAUAAAUAAUAUCGAAAUAAAUGAAAAUAUAAAUAAUAUCGAAAUAAAUGAAAAUAUAAAUCAUGAAGAAAUACAUGAAAAUAUAAAUCGUGAAGAAAUAAAUGAAAAUUUGAGUGUAAUGAAAGAAAAUCAUAAUAUAUAUAAAAAUGAAAUAAAUAAUGAUGUUCCACAUAUUAAUAAAGAUGAUGAAAAAGAGAAUGUUAUUGUAGAAGAACAUAUAUUCGUUAGAAAUAAAAGUAAUAUAGAAAGAGAAAAAGUAGAUGAUAUAAUAAAUGUACCAAAAGAAUUACGAUUUAAAGAUGAUAAUAAUAUGCAUCCGGCAAGUUAUGAUAUUAAUAUGAACUUGAAUGAAAAUGAAAAAACAUAUCUUUUUGAAAACUGUGAUAUAUUUAUGAAUGAAAUGAAAGAAGAUAUAGAAAAAAAUAAAAAUAAUAACACAUCAAAUAAAUAUAUUGAAGAACAACUUACUGCCUCUUUAUAUCCAUCUCAUCCAUUAGCUAUGACAUAUUUACAAAAUAAAUGGAUACAAACAGAUACAUUAAGAACACAUGAACUUUACAAUCAUGAUUUUAUUAGAGCUAGCGUAAAUGCAAACUAUAAUUUACAAAGUGGUAAUAUAGUAAUGUCAGAUAUUAUGAGAAAUAAUGAAUUUUUAAAAAGUGCUAAUCCAAUUAUAUCACCAUUUAGUCCUGGAAAUAUUCGUAAUUUAGAAAAUUAUUAUAAUAAUUUAAUAAUUCAAAAUUUAGAUCAGCAAAACAAACAAUCCAAUUAUUAUCAACAUAUGAAUAACCAAAUAAAUUAUGAUAAUUAUAAUAAUUAUGAAAAUUUUGAAAAUCACCAAAUAAAAUUAUAUGAACAAGUCAUAAAAGAAGAAGAACAAAAUGAAAAUUCAAAUAGUAAAUGUUGUAACUAUUUUUGUGAUAAAUAA